UAUAAAAGCUUCCGAUUAUUGAACGACAAAUGCCAUUUAUUGUACGACUUGUUCGGAAAAAGGUAUUUCGGUGAGCUUAGUCGAGAAAAAAAGUGCAUUGACGAUGAAAAUUGAAACGAAGUGUUUUAUAACUUUCCUUUUCACAGCAGGUUUAUUUGGUACUUCAUUAGCCUUUUGGAGCUUAGAUACAGAUUUACAGUUUGGAUAUGAGAUUUAUGAUCGUUCUUACGAAAUUAAUGCGGCUAUUCAAGCAAUUUUGACAGCAUCAACUCGCACAAAUGUCGUACAAAAUGACCCGACAACACAGUCAUCCGUAAUUGCCUUAAAUUCAAUUGCCAGUCAAUUACGUUCAGCUCCUAUUACGUUUUUUAGUGAGCUCGGUUUUGCAGCAGCAAGUCGUAUAAACAAUGAAAAUUGGCAUCUAUCACGUUUGAGAACUUAUCACGCAACAUAUAUGACUCAAUUGGAGAUUUUAUCAAAUUCAACAGGAGAACUUAGAAAAUUGGAAGAUAUUACAAAUCCAUCAAUUAUGCAAACACUUAGCAGUUCCCUUAAUCGAAUUAAAAAAUAUUCAGUAAACGUUCUAGCUGGUGUCGAGGAAAUAUCCCUGAGAGUCGCACAAAUCCGAGCUAAUUCGAGUCUUUUGUUGACACCAAAGUUGAUUGACGAUUUUAUUAAUAAUAAUCGGACAGAUAAUUUUAUCACAUCACUCACACAACUUCGUAAUUCAUAUCUUCUCUUUCUCUCGUCAGUUAGAGACACAGCUCGUCUUACUGGUGCUUAUGGUUCAAUGUACGAUAUCCUGGACCGUUCGUAUACAAAAGAUAAUUUAAAACGUAACACAUCGCUUUAUAACUUUGUUGAUAGUUAUAAUCGAGUCCGAAACACAUUAUUGUCAUCGGUUGUGUCUUAUCGUCAAACAGCACAGACUGAAUUUAGUAAAUUCAUUCAACGUGUUCAGUCAACUUAUGAUGACACAAUUGUACGACCUCGAUUCGAUCGAGAACAAUUGCCACAGAUUCUCGCCUUUGCUGACGUUGUAACAUCAAAAGUUUACAAUCAGACAUUCUUCGAGACGUCAUUUGAUAGUAUGAGGGAUGCAAUUGUCAAUCUGUUCACAAAUGAGACUAAUAGUGCUUUCGCUAAAGAUUCACAAUAUCGUGAUGCGAUAUUGAAUUUAUUGAGACAGUCAUUUGUACGUCAUUAUGAUUCAUGCUUAAACGAAUUGGUGUCGGAGUCGCAACAAGGUCUUAAUGCACUCACUGGAAAAUAUUCAUAUUGUCUUGAUGAACGAACAACGAGUAUAACUGUAGUCAUACCAUCAACAAGCACAUGGUUGGGAGUUAUCAGAGAUAAUGUGAAUUUCAUAUUGCAACAAUUGAAUGCUUGUAUUAAUGGACAGACAUCCGUUGCUGGGCGAACUGCAACAUCCGAGUGCAUUCAAUCGAAUGCCAACAAUCUACAAUUUUAUUCGAUGUAUUUACCCUUGACUGUUCAAACUAAUUUACGACCGAUUGUUGAAAGUCCACCAUUAAUAUUUCGCAAUUGCAUUGGGGUUAUAAAAGCAAGCAAUAACAAUUAUGAAAACUUUAAGGAAGUCUAUGAAAAAUGUAGCGAAAAUUCUCAUGAAGGAAAUGGUGGAACUACUGAUGCUCCUACAACAAAUGUCCCAACUGAAGCUCCUACAGAUGCACCUACAGAUGCACCGACAGAAUUACCAACUGAAGCUCCUACAGAUGCACCAACUGAAGCUCCUACAAAUGCACCGACAGAACAGUCAACUACCACUGAUGCUCCAACUGAAGCUACAACUUUGUCUGAACCAGAUACAACACAAGAACCCACUUCAGAGUCAUCAAAUCCCACUCUAGAAGAUACUACAAUAGACGGCUCAACCCUAAUCCCUACCACCGAGCAAAUAGAAGAUCAAACUUCAACUUAUGCUCCUGAAUAUGAAUAUUCAGACGCAGCAGAUGACGGAACGUUGGAAUACAACAGCACAAUGGCUGCUUAAAAGUUGACAAAUUGAUUCAAAACUUUCUACAUUUCAUAGGCAAAGAAAAUCCAUGAAAGUAUUGAGAAAUUUUGAAUUUUUAUAGGCACACUUUUAAUAUAUAAAGCAUAUAACAAUAAUUGUCUUUGGAAACCAAUAAAAAUAUUAAU